AUUACGUCCGUGCCCGUGCUGUAGAUCACUGUGUCCAGGACUUCCUGCUGAAGACACAAAGCCACCCUAGGACACAGGUCCUGUCUUUGGGUGCUGGCUUUGACUCCUUAUACUUCCGUUUGAAGGACGUGGGUCUUCUGCAUCACACUGUGGUAUAUGAGGUGGAUUUUCCAAACGUGAUGUGCCAAAAAGCUACUCUGAUCAAAAGAAUGGAAGAGCUGUCAGCACUGGUGGGAGACACUGCAGGGGAAGGAUUAGGAGCCAUUACCUUUUCUGGAGAGGAUUAUAAAUUACUGGGAGUGGAUUUGUCAGAGCUGUCUGAGCUGGGGAGAGCCCUGGAGGAAGCAGGACUGGACAAUGAAAUCCCCACCCUCUUCAUUGCAGAGGUGGUGCUCACCUACAUGGAGAACAGCAGGUCAGAUGCCUUGAUUCAGUGGGCAGCAGAGCGUUUCCCUCGGGCCUGCUUCCUGCUGUACGAGCAGGUGCACCCAGAGGACCCCUUUGGACAUGUCAUGCAGCAGCAUUUCAGCCAGCUGAACUGUGCACUUCGCUCUCUGGCACAGUACCCUGACUGUGAGGCACAGCAGAGGCGCUUUUUGGGGAGGGGCUGGACUGAGUGCAGUGUCAUGGAUAUGAAUGAGUUUUUCACCUGUUGUAUUCCAGAAGACGAACAGCAAAGAGUGCAGGCUCUGGAGCCUUUUGAUGAGUAUGAGGAAUGGCAUCUGAAAUGUUCUCAUUACUUUGUGUUGACUGCAUCAAAGGGGAUGGAACCUUCCUGGACUCCGUUGUUACCCAGUGUGACAGUUCCUCAUCGUGCUGCUCCUGUUGGAAUGGCUGGGAGUGUCCCUGCAGCAGUGUGUGCAAGGCUCUCAGGAAUUCCUGGCCUGAGACGUUACGGUCACCGCUCUGUUCUUAUAAAACCCGAUGUGAUUCUCACCACUGGAGGCUUUGGGGAGGAGGAUGGACAACACUGUCGCCUGAGAAAUUUCCAUGUGCUGAGUAAGCAUGCAGGCUACUGGAAAGCUGGCUGUGUGACAAAGAAACAUCCUGAUAAAAGAUGGGGUGAGCGGUUGUACCAUACUGUGUCCUGUCUCUCAGACAGUCUGGCCCUGGUGGUAGGAGGACGAAUGUCCCCAUCAAAUGCAGGUUUGGGAAUGUUGUGGCUAAAGUUCCCCGAAACCUAUAAUGCUUCAGACCCAGAUGACAUUGCAGUGGAGCUUGUAAAUCUGCAGCCUGCUGCUGAACCAGCAACUUUGCGUUGGAGACACAGCACAACUGAAGUGACAUUCAAAGGUGAACAGUACCUGUUUGUGUAUGGGGGCCGCUCUGCUCUGGAGCCUGUGCUUGGGGAUUGGUAUUUCCUGCACACUCGAGAACUCUCCAACACUGUGAUUGCUGUUGACGGUCCAGUCCCAGAAAGCCGCCACUCUCACAGUGCCUGCAGCUGGGAAGGAGGAGCGCUCAUCGCAGGAGGUCUGGGAGCAGCUGAGCAGCCCUUGGGUUCAGUUUUCCUUCUGAGGAAGCUUGAACAUGGCUUUCAGUGGCAGGCAGUAGAGACAUACCCUCCUCUCAUCCCAAGGUAUUCACAUACUGCACAUGUGCAUGAAGGAAAGCUUCUGCUCGUUGGCGGAGUGUGGUUUCACGCGUCCUCCGUGCCAGGCAUCACUGUCAUUGACUUAAUGACUGGCCUCUGCUUGGACUAUGUGAUUAAUGUGGAGCAUCUGGAGUGGCCAUUAAUGCUACAUAAUCAUAGCAGUGUCUUUCUGCCAAAUGAGAAGGAGUUGUUGGUUAUUGGUGGUGGUGGUAACUGCUUCUCCUUUGGGACACACCUGAACCCAGAGCCUGUCUCACUGAGCCUCAGCAGCAUCCUGACCAGUCACUGACUGGGACCAAGCAGGGCUGAACUGUGCUGCUGCACUGUGGGGAGACAUCUAUUCACUCAGAGGUCCAAGAUUUCCACAAGGGCUUUGUAUCCAGAACGCAUUUGUGAAGGUGGGAUCAGGAGGGACAGUUUAGAGAAAGGGGAUCACAGCUCACUGGCCUUUGCUUUUGUACAGCUCUUCCUAUUACUAUAAAUAAAGUGCCUGAGAAGCAGCUGCAGCAGAAGGUCUUAGAGGUGAAGUGAGGGUCAGACUUUGUUCAAAAUCUGAACAAAGUCUAACCUGAAUUCAUAGAACCAUAGAAUGGUUUGGGUUGCAAGGCAGAUCAUCCAGUUCCACACCCCUUACAUGGGCAGGGACACUUUCCACUAU